AUGAGUUCGAGUAGAGUGAGUGCCUUGAUCAGUGCAACGUAUUUUCUCGGCAUUCCUUUCACAGCCAAGCAUCGCCAGAGUACCUCUCGGUCGACAGAAUCGAAUGCCGCCUUUAGGUCAAGAAAUAUAACGAUUGUUGGACGCCGGUAAGAAUGCCUGUUCCAGAAUCUGUCGAAGGCUGAAGAUAUGAUCAAUACACCCCCUUCCUGAUCUGAAGCCUGCCUGGUUCUCUCGUGUUUGUUCCUCCCGAGCACCACUUAGUCUACGCACUAUUAUUAAGCCUAGUACUUUAGAUACUAUAUUAGUCAAGCUAAUCCCUCUUUGAUUAUCACAGGAAGACUUGUCUCCCUUCUUGUAUAUGGGGAUAAUCAGUGACUUACACCAACCCGAUGGGACUUCCUCUGAUUUCCAGACGCUGCCUAGUACCUCAGUUGAUGCAGACAGUAAACUGUCUCCACCGUACUUAAAUACCUCUGGAGUCAAUAAAUCAGGUCCCGCUGCUCUGCCUUGUUUCAGACUAGUGACAGCUUUAGUAACCUCAAUUAGGUACGGAGGACCUGUGUCGUAGUGUUUGUUCGUAUUUAGCAGCUUUCUCACCUGUUAACUAUUUCGGCUUGUCUGCUUCCUUGUGUAGUGACUAGCAAAUGUUUCACUUACUGUUGUCACCCGUUUGUAUAGACUUGCGUAAAGCAGUGGAUCUUUGGUGUAGAAAUGGUUUGGAAUGUUGUCAUGAGAGUCGACUGAAGAAGAGCGAGACUGAAAGCAGCUAGUCUAAGAUCAUAGCCUAAUGUUAAAACACUGACGGUGUGGAUUUUAAUUGUAGCAGUGCAUUUUCCAAGGGUAGCCAACUUAUCCAGAAUUCCUACCUCCCUGUUCUUAAAGUUGAAAUGCCUGAUCCUUGAAUUAAGGCAUGCUUUUACUCUAUUGGAUCCCUCUACCGACUUUUUCAAAGUCUAGAACAAAGCAUAUCUGCACUAAGUUUACUUCCCUGCCUUACUUCAGGUAGAUUUCCAUCAGGCCGUUGAAAUUAAUUUCAUUAGUUGAUUAGAUUUCCUGGUAGUAGUCCAAUUUCUUUCACAUACUUAAAGGCGAUAUUGCACAAAGACAAUAUAUUACUGUGUUGAUCUUGUACUUGCAAUGCUUGUUAGUGAUUGUUCUUUUAUUUCCCAUACAUACCUAGACUUUUUAGAUGUUUGGUCACUAAUAUUGGUUGUGCUGUCGUCAGGUUUUCUUCAGGCGUUAAUCCUGGUAACCUCUACAGUUGUUAGUGGAUUACAGAAAAUCAGUUUGACGUGAAACAAUCAUAAUUCAGUGUAGAUUAGAAGUGUGACAGUUAGAUGUAUUUGUUACUGCAUUGAUUUGAGACUAAAUUGGUUAUAGCGGUUGGUUUAUCAAAUUGGCAAAUAGGUUGUCUUGAGUUAAACCCGAACAUGUUUUACAAAACUGGUCACAUAUUGGCAUUAUUUUUGAGAAGUAUUGUGGCAAGAUGGUUGUAGUUAUUUCCUUAAAACUUCACCAGGUAUUUGAUGCUGACAUCUUACCAUAUAUCCUAUAUUUUCCUCCUUUAAUUGAAGGUUUUUAAAUGUAACCCUUUUCUGGUAUGCAACCUCUUGAUAGCUACUGGAUAUAAUCAUACAUCUAACUUAGCAUGUGAUUUGAUAAAUAUGAUCUUCGAAUACAGGUAAGUUGUAAAAGAAUUUAAUCGAAAGUUAUGUAUCGACAAAUUUCUACAAGUUAUGUUCCGAUCAGUUGCAUCAUGGCUUUUAGAACUUUUACGGGAAUUUUUCACAUAAUUUUAUAUUGGUGCUCUUUGCUUUUUUGUCCAAUACAUAACUGUGUAAGAUCUGUAGAUGUAUCAGCAAUUGAAACAUUUCAUCUCAUAACUUUAUAGUUGCAGUAAUUUAAUAGUAAAAGUAUUCAGUCCGAUAGACUUUUUGUACAAACUUCUUGAUGUGUAUUUGUAUUCCAGAUAUUUCAUGUAUUUGAACAAAACAACAACUACAGAAUAAAAUGGUACCAUAUUUUAUUUCGUCGCCUUCUCUUCAGCUGCUUACAGGGCAAAAACAUUAUUAAAUGUAUCUGCAAAAACAAUUUAACAUACUUGCACAAAGCUCAUUUAAACAGAAAUCAAUCGAUCAAUAUACACAUAGGCUAAUAAUAUAUAUAUAUAUAUAUAUGCAGCUGAAGAGAAGGCGAUGAAAUAAAAUAUGAUACCAUUUUAUUCUGCUGAAACUGUAGUUGUUGCUUUGUUCAAAUUCAUUAAGAGGAACAAAUGUAUGCUAUUUCAUGUAUCAUUUAUUACCCAUAUUGUAAUCAUAUCGUUCCGAAAAAGCUGACCAUCAUUUUCAAAAAUUCAUUCUGUAUGCAUGUUUCACGAUUCAGUGCACGAGUUUAUAUUUAAUUCGAUUUAAUUAGUCCAUUGACUACCAGUGGUUGACUUCUUUGUUAACUAAGCGCUUUGUAUACACCUAAUUAAUUACAUUGUGGUCUUUAUGUCAGGUCACAAGUCUAAUCUGAUGAUAGUGUUUAGUUGUCUGCACAUCAGUGAACGGUUUCAAAUAGUGUAUAUGCUAAGAACUAUUGAUCCACUUUCUGAAUUUUCCUUAUUAGGAUAUUUUCUACUGAUAACUGUCUAUGUCUAUUACUCUUUCAGUAAGUCUUUUCUGUGUAAGUUUAUUUUUUAUGUACUUUUUCCCUUGAAAUGAACAGCAAUUUUAUCAAGGAAAACUCCCCGGCAUUCUAUGAUCAUAAUGUAGUGAAGCCUAUUGUUCAGUUUAUGUUAACUGGUAACUUAGAUUGUCCAGUAUCAAAAGAACCUAACAGUUGUUAUAUUCUACUGGUCAAUAAAUCAGUGCAGAACACGAAUUGGGACAAUUUUGUCAAUGGUUGUUUAACAAGCAAGUUCACUUUGUUACCUAGUAGUCCAGAAAUGUUAGAAAGUAUUUCACCUUUACCAGCCUGCCAAACUUAUGCAGGUUUAUGCAAAAGUGACCUUUUAAUUGAUCAACUACUUGAAUAUAUCCCUUCCGUUUUUCUCAAUUCAAAGUCUAAUCAAUCCGCAGUAAUGGUUGAAAGGAACUUAUUGUUUGUCUGGUUGAGACUGUAUAAUUUGAGAGAUUAUUUCGAUUUGUCUUCUUCGUUACAGCAAACGGUUCCUACGGUUUUGGCUAAAAGUGCUAUGCAUCAUGAUGAGAGCAUACGUGUAUUGGCAUUAAGUGGAAUAUCCAAAUUUUUAUGCAAACUCAUACGUACAAAAUGUAAAGAAGGCAAUGAUAAAAAGAAGUCUGUAGAAUUCAUGCUAUCCGAUGUACCAAAUUUACAAAUAUUUAUGGAUACCUUUUUAAACUGUUGUACUACUUUUAAUAAUUGUUCAAAUCCAGCCUGUCGUAAACAAUUUCAACAAAUUUUUUCUAGCCUUACUGAAUCUAUACGCAUGAUGUGUAAAUCUGUGUGCAUCAACGAUACAGAAUUAUCUCUUUUGUUAGACAAAUGUAAUGUUAAUAAUAACAAUAAUGAUGCUAAUAAUAAAGUGGUAUUUUACCUACAAGAUACUGAAAUAGAUUCACAAGUAUUUUAUCAUUUACCAAGUAAAUUGGUCAGUGAAGAUAUUAUGCAUCAAUCAUGUGACGAUACAGCAGUUGUACUCUGUUUAGCUAAAUUGAUACGAUUUAUCAGUACACUAUGCCGUUCGACUUUAACUCACAGAGGGAUAAAUGAUCGGACUUCAAAUAAGAAGGUAUCUGCGUGCAUAGUAGAGACUUAUUUUUGGCCAGGAAUGAGUUAUCAACGAGCAAAAUUUCAACUAGAUGUCAUUGAAACUGCAUUGGGCUUACUGAAUUUAUCAUCUACUGGUCCAUGGAAUAAAAAAUUCAGCAAAUGGAGAGCUGACUUUGGUAAAGAUUCACUGAAUAAUUUACAAACGUUAAUUGAUAAUAUUUCAAUGAAAUAUAAUUGGGAUUUCAAAUCUGUUAAUUCAUUAAGAAUUUUGUUUAAUGGACUUUUGUAUUUAAGUUCAGAUCUACACCCGCAAAUAAUGUCUGUCAUAUAUGAUCAUUGGAUUGAAAGGAAAGAUCUACUGAUGGAGGUUCUUUAUCCUACUGCGAUUGAUUUAGCCUGUGCAUGGUGUGAUACACCAUGGUGUUCAGUAUACCCGGCUGGUGCAAACAUUUUAUCAUUCUGCUGCAUCAACGGUUUGUGGGAUGUGUCUUACUUUGGUUCAGAUAUGCGUACAUGGAUUUUGAAUAAAUUGAAAAGAUUCUUAGAACUAGAUGAGAAAAGAAGCAAACAUCUCGGUGACAGUGAUGACCUAUUUCCGUUUAGUAAUAAAUUACUCUGGAUUGUGCAGUUCCAAUCUGGUCUAGGUUUCCUUCAAGCAGUUGAUCAAAUUUUAUCUAAUUGUUUAGUGAAGUUAUCUAAAAAUAUAAAGAAUUGUGUCCCUAAUCAAUUGGUUGAACCUGCAUUGUAUGAAUUGAUUAGUUGUGCAGAGUUACCAAUUUUAUGCUUACAGUUAUGUAAUCUAUGUCUUUAUUCAAUGGGUUGUCAGACUUGUCAAUUUAAUGAAGAUAAUAUCUUUAUAACUGAUUUCUCUAAAGGUGCUUCAUCAUUCCAAGAAUUGGGCAAAGCAAUUUUGACCACUAUAACACUAGCUAGACGAAGUCAGUUGUCAGUCGGUGAAGGAGUUGACCGGUUACCAGAAUCACAUCUAAUUAAAACGUUGUCCACGUCUACAAGUUGUCCAAUCUCCUCAGAUAAUGAUUCAGAUUUGCAUUUAUUCAAUUCAAUUGAAUUGUUGCCGGAAUAUCAGCAUAUUCUUUCCUGGGCAUGGAAUACUCUCAAAUUUUGUUCUAGUAUCCUAGCCAGUUGGUCAGCUCUACAAUUUAAGUUGAAUCAUAAAGAAAUGAGCUUAAAUCGAAGAAUACUUAUUACAAAAAUUGGCUAUCAUUUACUGCAUCAGUUGUUACAGUGUCGUCAUAAGGGAUCUAUUGAAGCAAUCUACUUUAAUCUUCUACUCUAUUUGCAAACUACUGAAGCCUACCAAUCGACAUCAUCAGUUAUGGUAGAAUGUGAAGAAAAGGGGAUGCCAAUUUCACAAGUGGAUUUCUCUACUAAUAUUGAAUAUUCUUUAAUACCUAAUAAUAGACUGUUGACAGCUGAUCAUGUACUGUGUAUAUGUUGGCAAGUAAUAAAUAAUAGUGCUUAUUCUGUUACUCGACGCGGUGCUGGCGUGAAACCAGCUAUUCGUGCAUGCCUUUUAGUGAAACCAUGCAAUGGAAUUGAAAAUCCCCCAUGUUCGCUUGUUCGUUGUUUGGAGAGUUUGUUCAAAAUUACUCAGUUAAGCGACAAAGAAGAAGAUGAUACUAACAAAAAUAUACAAUGUGUAUCUAACACUAAUACACUUCAUGAUUCACCGAGGGUAUUCGCUUUACAUUUAUUGCAUGGUUUGUUCACUGAUUCUCGACUACGUGUACACGAACAUCCUGUUCCUGUAAGAAGCGAUCAUUCACAAGUCAGUAAUUGGACAAUUGAAGCUCUUCGACUCGCUGUUGUUCCAGGUUUCAAUUCAAAGAAAUGGAAUGUUUGGAAUGCUGCUCUACAACUUCAUAGUGCACUGGUGUAUCGUUUGACUGGAGCAACUUCAGAUUCACAGUUCCCUGUGAUUUCAGAUGUUUACCUGCAAUAUCCUCAAAUAUUGGAUAUUAUCUUGAGUUGUUUAAAUAAGACCUACCAAGAUUUAUCAUCUGGUCAAUCCUUAAUUCCUUUGCUUACAUUGAUCGUUAGGUUCUCAGCAUCAGCUGAUCAGUCCUUCUUAGGUCUAAAGGAAAUUGAUAAUAUCCUUGAAAAACUUGAACAUCUACUCCUGAAUCACAGCAGUAUGUAUAUUCGUAAAUUAGUUUCUAAGGCAUAUUUUGUAUUUCUGAAUCCACCGAUUGAUACCUACUAUCAGGAUGAAUCAGUUUCAUGUUGUCAUAAGAAACAAUCUACGCUGUGUAAAAUUUCUUGUGUUGGACCGUUGAAACUAAUGUAUUAUUCAUGUGUUCUACAUAACAUUGAAACUACGCAUUCGUAUAACUCUAUCUCGAAUGCAAUUCACGGGCAGUUAUGUUUAUUGCAGUCGUGGUAUCAACAUGAAACUUGUGCUACUGUUCAAAAAUGGAGGGCAAGCUUCUUCAAUAUGAAAUCAGCAUUUAAUUAUCUUACUAAAUGGACAUCUAUUUCCUGUUGGUAUCUCGCCUAUGAAUUAUGCAUUCUUAUAAAUGCUGUGCUGGUGCAUACUUCGGUGAAUGCUAACUAUGUGGUGUUAUUCCAAAGUGAAGUAUGGACAAGAUUAUCUACUUUACCUAAAUCAGUAUUCAUUCUAACCAAUGAGCCAUUUCACAUGGAAUUUUUAGUUGAGUUCUAUCAUAUCUGUUCAAGACUGCAGUCAAAUUCAAAUCUGGUUGGUUCUUUGAUUAUUAACAAUAAGACGGAUCCAAUUCUACUCUUACGAUUUCUUAAUCUAAUAAAGCCUCAUCAUAAUUAUUUAUCCGAAGAAUUUCACUUGCAGUUAAUUGAGUAUUGGAUGAAUUGGCGACCAUUGCCACCAGUUGAAGAAGUUAAUUGUAAAACACAGGAAAUAUCGAAUUGUUCUAUUGAUCCGAAGCUGGCGGGAGACAAUUCUCUCUUGGAAUACCUUCAUCCAACAGUGUUUUGGUGUCUGUUGGAGUUUUUCGUCGUAUCCUGUUCAUCAACAACAGAAUGUUGUAGUCAAAAAAAGAUUCAGACUGAAGUAAACCUCGAAAUCAUGUUAUCACGUUUGUGGAAUUUAUGUUCGUGUAAUGAAAUGAUUACUGGAAUCAGAUUUUGUGUUAAUCGUUCACGUGUAUUGUAUCUAAUUACACAUUUAAUGUGUUUAUCAUCAGAUUAUUUUUGCUUUCAUGUGGACAAAUGGUUAGAUUUAGUAACUGACUGUUUACAAUUUCAUAAAUCAACAACUUCACGUAUCUUUGCCUCAAAGUCAAUUCAUUUGUGGAUAAUAAAGUUAAAAGGCGAAGAAGAAGAAAACACUUUAAAAACUGGUAUAAAUUCCUUACCAUAUCGAAUUUAUUUGAUCAAACAAUCAUUGAAUUUAUCACAGCGUAAAAGACUAUUGAAUUGCAUCUUACAAAGUUUAUUCGAUGAAUCACAUGAAGUACGAUCAUUAAUGAGUGCUAUCGUGAAUUUAUGUUUGGAAAGGUAUCCUGACAAUUGUGAAUAUAAAAAUAAUCUUAAUAACAUGAAUAAUUUCAGUGAUUCACAUUUAAUUGGUGUACAUAAACUUUUAAAAGAAAUUUUACCAUUACUGUUAAAUGAUGAAGACACUGAUGAACAGUAUUCAAUGCAUAGUCGAAGUGAAUCAACUAAUUGGUUAUGUGACUAUUGGUUAACUGUAAUGAAGUCUAUGAACUGUCUGUUGAUUGGUGAAUAUGAAUCAAGUCAACGAAAUAUACUAUAUGAACGAGAGGCUUAUAAUUUAUUUUGUGAACCGCGUUUGCUAAUCGAUUUACUAUUUACCCAUCUUUGUUCACAAAAGAAUUUGUCUAAAGAGAAUCUUCUACGCAUCACGUUAGCAGUUAUUGAACAAGCUGAUUAUCAUUUACAGUCUCUAUGUGCAUUGAAAGGCUUACAGACAGAAAAGGUUCUUGACGUGGAUAGUUGGUGUGGACCAGCUGUACCAGUUGGAGUGUUUACAAGGCAGUAUAGUGUUCAGUUGGUGAAUUCAUUGAAGUGAAAGCAAAGAAGGAAAAAUGAAAAGAAUGACCAGUAUUACUUACAUACUUUCUUUAAACAAAGAAAAAGGAAUUCUUGUAUAUUUUUUGUUUAAAAUAUUUGUAUUCUUCGUUUUUUAUUUGUGUUCUAGGUGAA